AUGAAAAAGAAAGACACUAAACAGAUUAAACCUCUUUUACUAAUCACUGGUGGAACCAGGGGUAUUGGAGCCGCUCUUGCUUGUUUGUCUGUAAAAGAUUAUCGGCUCGCCCUUGUUUAUCAUCGAAACCACGAGGCUGCUCAUGCCCUACAAGAUCGGAUCUUUGCUAAUCAUAAGAAAGUGAGAAAAGAAGAAGUCCAGGUUUAUGCAAGUGAUCUCUCUAAGCCGUUGCAAGUUAAGAAAGUUUUUGCACAGGUUCGAAAAGAAAUGGGUCCCGUCUCUUACUUGGUAAACAAUGUUGCUAAGAUUGGAGAAAUUGCUAAUUUUGAUAAAAUAAGCCUGCGGCGCUUUCAAAAAACCUUCUCAACAAAUUGCUAUAGUGUUAUUUCGUGCAUUAAGGAAGCCCUUCACCAAAUGAGGGAACAUCCACGCAAACAGGACAAGUGCAUUAUCAAUAUUUCGUCAGGAGCGGUUAGAACUGGUGCACCCCAUGAGUACAUCGACUAUUCCAUGAGUAAGGGAGCUUUGGAAUCCCUCACUUUUGGAUUAGCAAGGGAAUUGGUUGUAGAUAACAUACGCGUCAAUGGAGUUCGACCCGGAGUUAUAGACACCGACAUUCACCCUAAUAAAGAAACUCGAAUUCAAACAAAAGUCCCUAUCAUUCCUAUGGGACGCAUCGGCAAGGCAGAAGAGGUGGCAGAGGGCAUUUUGUGGUUGCUUUCUCGAAAAGCAUCCUAUGUAACAGCAACUUUUCUCGACAUAGCUGGGGGCAAAUAA